AUGGAUCCAGACCAUCACAACUUAUCCUUCGUACUCAACAAGCCCGGGGAUGUCACCUACGAGCACCGCACAAUCCCUCAACUAGGCCCAUAUGACGCCCUCGUCCAUGUCCACUAUACCGGUAUCUGCGGCUCAGAUGUGCAUUACUGGAAGCAUGGCCGCAUUGGAAAUUAUGUCGUCAAUGACCCUAUGGUCCUCGGUCACGAAAGCAGCGGCAUCGUCGUCUCGGUUGGGUCAAACGUCACAUCUCUGGCGAUUGGUGAUCGAGUAGCCAUGGAACCAGGUAUCCCAUGCCGGAGAUGUACUCGAUGUCGAGGCGGAAAGUACAAUCUGUGUCCACAUGUGAAGUUCGCUGCAACGCCACCCGUGGACGGCACCUUGACUAAGUCCUAUGCCCUUCCGGAAGACUUCUGCCAUCGACUCGCCGACCAUAUCAGUCUACAAGAGGGCGCUUUGGUGGAGCCGCUCAGUGUUGCAAUUCACAUUGUCCGGCAAGCAAAAAUCAAGCCCGGACAGAGCAUUGUGAUUUUUGGAGCUGGACCUAUUGGUUUACUGUGCUGUGCGGUGGCGAAAGUCUUUGGCGCAGUGGACAUUGUCUGUGCGGACUUGUCAGAAAGCAGGCUGAACUUCGCAAAGUCAUACGCUGCUACGCAGACCUAUCUAACCAGGCAGCAAACGGCAGAAGCGGCGGCGGCGGACAUCCUUCGCACAUGUGGUUUAUCAGAAGAUGGCGUGGACGUUGCCAUCGAUGCCACAGGAGCCGAACCUUGCAUUCAAACUUCGGUCCAUUUGUUACGAACUGGAGGCACAUACGUGCAAGCAGGAAUGGGAAAGUCAGAGGUGGUCUUCCCCAUCGGAGCUCUUUGUGGCAAAGAAAUCACGGUCAAAGGUUCAUUCAGAUAUCAGGAAGGAGACUAUGGACUUGCCGUGGAGAUGCUUGCCAAGAGUCGUCUCUCUGUGAAAGAGCUUGUGACAAAUGUCGUUGGGUUCGAUGAGGCAGAGACGGCGUUUUGGAAUGUUUCCACGGGGAAAGGCAUCAAAACUCUGAUCAAAGGCGUGGACGUUGUUGAUGGGCCGACAUAA